AUGGCCCCUGAACCAUCUACUGCUCCUGUUGAGCGACUCCAGAGAGUCGAUUCCCAGCCGGAGAACCCUUACGCCAGUUUGAUUGAGGACCAAUCCAUUGCAGUGAUUCCUUCAUUCACUCUUGAGUCCGGAGUCACCCUUUACAAUGUUCCUGUGGCGUAUACUACUCGUGGUGUCCUCUCCCCCAAUGGCGACAAUGUUCUGGUCAUCUGCCACGCUUUGAGUGGUAGUGCCGAUGUCGCAGAUUGGUGGGGUCCGCUCCUCGGUGGCCCUGGUCAAGCAUUCGAUGUGUCGCGAUUCUUCGUGGUUUGUCUGAAUAGUUUGGGUAGCCCCUACGGAAGUGCGAGUGCCGUCACCUACAAGGAUGGUAAGCCUGAGAAUGGCUACUAUGGUCCUGAAUUCCCUUUGACUACUGUGCGCGAUGAUGUCAAUAUCCACAAGCUCGUCUUGGAUGACUUGGGUGUCAAGCAGAUCGCCGCCGUUGUUGGUGGUUCCAUGGGUGGAAUGCUUACCCUGGAAUAUUCAUUCUUCGGCAAGGAUUAUGUCCGUUGCAUUGUCCCGAUUGCGACAUCCGCACGCCACUCUGCGUGGUGCAUCAGCUGGGGUGAGGCCCAACGCCAAAGUAUUUACUCCGAUCCUAAGUAUGAUGAUGGAUACUACCCAUUUGACGACCCUCCUGCUACUGGUCUUGGAGCCGCCCGUAUGUCGGCGCUGCUUACCUACCGUAGUCGGGACUCUUUCGAGUCUCGCUUCGGACGUAAUGUGCCCGAUCCGUCAAAGCGGCAAAACAUCAAAGGCACAGAUAAGCUGCCCACGCCUCCCAAUGAGCAUUGGGCCAUUCACAAUGAUGGACACAAGGGUGGCUUGUCAUCUCGCUCUGAGAGCCGACAGAACUCUCCUGUGCCCCAGACUGAGCUUCAAUACAUGGAUCCCCAGUUCUCUGGAACCAAGACCUACUCUGCUUCGACUCCAAUGAAGACCGACUCUGCCGGUCGCCCGCGUCCACCAACAUACUUCUCCGCCCAAUCCUACCUUCGCUACCAGGGAGACAAGUUUGUACAGCGAUUUGAUGCCAACUGCUACAUCGCUAUGACCCGUAAGCUGGAUACACACGAUGUCUCUCGCCAUCGUGCUACUGGAAACACCGAAGACCGUGUUCUUGAAGCACUGUCCCGUGUUGAGCAGCCCGCUCUGGUCAUCGGCAUCGAGUCUGAUGGUCUGUUCACUUUUGCCGAGCAGCAGGAGAUCGCCGAUGGAAUCCCUGACUCUCGACUGAAGCGCAUUGACAGUCCCGAGGGUCACGACGCCUUCCUGUUACAGUUUGAGCAGGUCAACCGUCACGUCGUCGAGUUCUUCCACGAGGUUCUGCCCGACUUGAUGGCUGCUUCCAGUGCUGAUGGCGCUGCUGCCGUUGCUAGUGUGAACAAGCUCACCAAGAGCAGCACUUUCGGCGAGGCUGAAGUGGAGGAUAUUACCGCAUGGUAA